GUAAAAAUCGAUUGUGAAACUCACCGGCAGAUGUCGCUUGUGCUCUGAAUUUUCUUUCUUGGGUGGUGAUAAGAUUAUUUUACAACAGGCUAAACCACAUUUCCGAGCAUCAUGUCUAACCUCUUGCUGCGCCGCGCGCUGUUAGAUGCAGUCCGAGUGCCGGUCUGCGCCCGCGCCUCCUCCGGUAACGCCGAGCUUGCUAAGAUCGGCAACCGCGAGUGGGUAGGCUACGGCUUCAACGGCCAGCCCAACUACGUAGACAGGCCCGACUUCCCCAUGCCUGCCAUCCGCUUCCAGGCUGACAACCCUGACAUCAAGGUCCUCCGCGAGAAAGAGCGUGGUGACUGGCGCAAGCUGACCCUGGAAGAGAAGAAGGCUCUGUACCGCGCGUCCUUCUGCCAGACCUUCGCCGAGUUCCAGGCGCCCACCGGAGAGUGGAAGGGAGUGCUCGGCUGGUCCAUCGCCUGCGCGUCCAUCGCUGUCUGGAUCUACAUGGCCAUGAAGAUCUUCGUGUACAGCCCUCUGCCCGACUCCCUGAGCGACGAGAACCAGAAGGCGCAGCUGAAGCGCAUGCUGGACCUCAAGAUGAACCCCGUGGACGGACUCGCCUCCAAGUGGGACUACGACAACAACAAAUGGAAGUAAACUGGCUUAUGCAGGUGGGGGCUGGGUGCUAUGCCUGUAGAACGCUUCGCUACUUCGGGCCAUAGAUUAGACAAAUGUAAUAUAAGUGAUAAUAUCUGUGUAAGAUAAUAAAUCGAUUCCACAAA